AUUCACCUAAUCCACUAAUUCAUGGUGGGAAAAGAAACAAAUUCCAUUCUCAAUUCUCAAUUCCCCUAAACGGAUAUUCCUCGUCAUAUUCAUUUCCCAAAAUCAGUAUAUUCCUUUUUAAACUACUUUAACAAACAACCACCCUUGGAUCACUUUUCAAUCCUCACGUGACAACAAACCAACGCCUCAGAUCAAAUCCCACGAUAAAUAUUCCUUUGGCAUCUUAAAAACAUCCCACUUUUUCAAUUCCUAUAAAUACUUUCACGUACUCGUAGUUUACUAUUAUACCAAAAUCCUCAUUCUUUUCUUGUGUUCAUUAUUCAACAACAAUGUCAGGAAUUGUAGUGAUUUUUGACUUCGACAAAACAAUCAUCGACAUUGAUAGCGAUAAUUGGGUAGUCGAUGAGUUGGGUGCAACCGAUUUAUUCAACCAACUUCUUCCCACUAUGCCAUGGAACUCCGUUAUGGAUAAGAUGAUGAAUGAGCUACAUUUGCAAGGUAGGAGUAUUGAAGAUAUUGAAAAUGUCCUUAAACGUACCCCGAUACAUCAUCGGGUUGUUCCUGCCAUUAAAGCUGCAUAUGCUUUAGGAUGUGAUUUGAGGGUGUUAAGCGAUGCAAAUUUGUUCUAUAUAGAAACUAUACUUAAACAUCUUGGGAUACGUGAAUGUUUCUCAGAGAUUAAUACGAACCCGGGUUUUGUCGAUGACAAAAAAAAGUUAAGGAUUUUGCCGUACCAUGAUUUCCAUGUUUUCUCUCAUGGUUGCACCCUUUGCCCUCCCAACAUGUGCAAGGGUAAAAUAGUAGAAAGAAUUCAAUCCGAGUUAGCAAAAGAAGGAAAGAAAAGGAUUAUAUAUUUAGGAGAUGGAGCGGGUGAUUUUUGCCCGAGUCUAAAGCUAGGGGAAAAUGAUUGCAUGAUGCCAAGGAAAGAUUUUCCUGUUUGGGAUUUGAUAUGCAAAAACAGAAAACUUCUAAAAGCUGAAGUACAUGAAUGGACCGAUGGAGAAGACCUCGAGCGAGUUCUUCUCCAACUCAUUGGGAAAAUGAUGUUGAUGGAAGAUGAGAACACAAAUCAAAUGUUUGAUUGCAAGUUUGAGACAAUUGCACAUGAAGUUUUGCCUAAACCUCUCUAUGUUCCUUAGAAAUCCAUAUGUAACUAUCUAAAGAUUAUUGAUACUUUUUAAAUAAUGUAUGUUUUUUUGACUGUGUUUAUACGGAGUAAUGCUAAACUUAUUGAUCUAUGUUUUUAUUGUUAUUCUAUAUUCUAUAGCAAAAUUAUAUAUGAGAAAAUAAAAGAGAC